UCGUUUUUUAGCGUCAAACAAAAUUUUGAAUUACAGAUAUGGAGUUUGCCCCCCAACCGUUAUAAAUACGGUCGUGUAUAAAUGAAACGUAUGUUCGUAAAUAUAUUUUUAUAAUGAGUAACAAUACACGAAAGUUAAUUAAUUUACUACAAAUAAAACUUUGAUUAUUGUGUUAUUAAUCUAAAACGACUUAUAAAACACGGGAACCUUAAGAAGUUUUGAGACUUACAAAGUGCACACGCGAGAAGUUCAAUGUAUCCUCGAUUAAAUUAUAUCGAAUUUAUUUUGAUUACCAGUUUUGAUUUUCCCAGUUAAUCUAGUCGAUGAAAUGACUAUAUUAAAUAUCAUGAGAUAAAAAUAUCUUUGAUCAAAUAUUUCAAUAGGCUAAUGAGAAUAGGCGAUAAAAAAAACCAUUGAAAAAGGUAACAAAUGAGUAGUAAAGAGAAUGGAUUUUGAAGACAGAGGGAAAGAAUUUCAGGAGCGUUAUAAAAAGGUUUGUGGAAAAAGAUUGUCUUCCGAAUAUGAGACUCAAACGAAGGAAAGCACAAGAAAGACGGAAACCUCCAUGAAAGAAAAAGAAAAGAUGGAAGAAGAAUUAAAUGCAGCAAAAUGUGAUUUAGCAAGUCUUCGAAAAAGUCUAAGUGGUGAUAGAAACAUUCCUGCAUCAGAAUCUGAUGAUCUUUCCAAAGAUGUCCCAAAAGAAUGUUCGUCUUUCUUUGAGUUUAAAUUUCACAAACAUAAUAAUGCGCAGUAUCAAAAAUAUUCCAAAGAAAAGAGCGAAUUGGAAGCAGAGUUAGAUCUUAAAAAGAAAGAAUUACAGGAGAAGAAACAGGAAAUAUUUGAAUUAAAGGAAAGAGUAAAAAGAUUAGAAGCACUUAGUAAGGAAAGAGAUAUACUUGAAAAGGAAUUAAUUACCACGAAAUCAGAAUUAACUGGGAUAAAAAGAACAUUAGAACUAGAACGGCAAGAGAGAAGAGAUUUGGAGACUAGAGCUCUCAGUUUGAUUAAAGAUGCUAAGCGUAAAUGGGAAAAUGCGGAAAAAGAUAAAAUUGCACAACUGAAUAAACAUAUUGAAAUGCAAACUGUAAGAAUUACAGAGUUAUGUACUAGUAAUAAUGAAAUGAGUUCAAGAUUACAAAGGACUGAAUGUGAACUCGAAACUGCAAAUGCAGAAUUGCAUAAACUUCGAGUGUUUCAGAUGCAAUAUAAAGAGUCGCUAGUUAAAACUAGAGAAUUAAACCGGCAAAGUGCACAAGGAGUUGAAACUAAAUUGAAGGAAAUAGCUGCAAGAGCACAUAAUCAGUUAGCUGAACUUAGAUCGAAAUUAGAUUUAGAAACAGCAAAAAAUACUGACUUGGAAACUAAACUACGAAAUGAACAAGAUUCUAAUCAUUGCCGUCAAUCACGGUUAAAUGUAGCUUUAGAGUUUGCACAAAAUGAAUUAAAGGACUGUCAGGAACAGUUACGUACAAUACAAGCUACAAUACCUGCCAGAGAUGCUGAAAUAGACGUUUUAAAAAAACAAUUACAAGAAAGAUCAAAACAAUUAGAUAGUGCUAUAGCAUCAGAACAGAUAGUAGCUACAAUGCAAGAGCAAUUGGAGCGAUCAAGACUUGAGAAUGAACAAUUGAAACAACAGUUAGAGGUAAUGAAGUCUGACUUAAGUGAAACAAUGAUGAAUUUAGAACAAAAUGAAAACCUUGCUUUAAAUUUAGAACAAGCUACACAAGAUAAAGUUGCGCUCCAAAAACGACUACAAGAUUCUCUCGAUAAAGAAGAAGAACAUUUGCGAAAAGUCGGUAAUUUAGAAGAAUUAUUAAGACGCUUAGAGCAAAGCGUUACUAAACUCGAAACAGAAAAUGCUAAUCUCAAAAUGGAAAAUAUAGAACCUAGUAUUGGCAUGGUGCCAACAAGUGGUGCGAUAAAACGUGAUAUUCUGUCAGAGGAACACAUACAAAAAUUAGAACAGGAACUUCGAACGACAAAAGAGGAUUUAAAUAAAGAACGUCAAGCCGUGAAACAAGCACAAAUUAAUUUAUGGAAGAAAGAAAAAGAAUUAUCGGAUGCAAAUUUAGAUAAGAGAAUUGCAAUAAGGUCAAAUAAAAAGGCAGAGGAGAAAGUUAAAAUAUUGCAAGAAGAAAAACAAAAAUUAUCAAUGAAAUUAGAUGACAAAAUAAAAGAAGAAGAAGAGAAAUCCAAAAAAUUGCUUAAAGAAUUAGACAGCGCAAAAGCAUCAUUAAACGAUAUAACAAAAGAAUCUUCUAGAAACAGAAUGCAAGCUGAUUCUGCUCAACGAGCGCUAACUCAAGCUAAUCAUCAGAUAGAAGAACUUCAAUCUUCAAGUGCUUUGCUGCGCAGAGAAUUAGACGCUGCUCGAAAACAAGUAAGGGUAAGUCAAGAUAGACUGGAAAGUUUAAAUGCUGAGAAUAAGCGUUUGUCACAAUCAAUUACAAAACAUAACGAAGAAAAGAGUGCAUUGGAAUCUAGAAUAGAAAAGUUAGAACAAGAAAUCAAAGGUUACGAAUUAAAUACUGAACUUCUAAAAGAAACAUGUACAGUUCUUGAAGAGCAACUUACUGAUUACGAAAGAUUAACUAGCGAUCAUGAAACGCGAGAAAAUAUAUUGAUUCAAGAUAAAAUGAAAUUGCAAAAAGAUUUAGAAGCAACUGAAGCUAAACUUCGCGAAGCACGUGCUGCGCAAAAUGAAGAAAAAUCUAUGAGAUUAGCUGCGGAACGUAACAUCGAAAGACUUGAAUCGGAGACGAGCGAUAUAGAAAGUGAAAAGAACGGUUUACUUGCUCAAAGAGAUCAGUAUAGAAAGCUUGUUCAAGAAUUGAGUGCACAGGUUGAUGAAUUAUCAAGUAAGUGCGGUGAAUUGGAAUGUGAUCUUUCUGAAAUGAGACGUAAUUUAGAAGUGACCAAAGCUGAAACGAGAGUUGUCAAGGAAGAAAGUAGCCAACACUUAACAAGAGUGCACGAAUUGAAAGAAGCAAACACCAUGCUUAUGAACGACUUGCAGAGUAGCGUAGAUCAGGGACAGGAGCUUCGAAUGAGAAUUUCCGAAUUGGAAAGCAUCUUGGAAGAAAUGCGGCAAUUCUAUCAAGAAAGAGAAGUAAAAGCUGAAAGUACAAGGCAACAGCAGACAAAACUGAUCGAUUAUUUGCAGUUCAAAUUAGAAGAAUGUAGCAAAAAGAAGAAAACAGUAUGCAAUAAAAUACUUGGUACUAAACAAAAAGAAAAUGUUCCGCCCUGUGGUACUGGUAUGCCAGUUGGGUAUCGCGAAUUAGAGAAUCAGUUAACUAAAGAACGUGCUAAAGUUAAGACGUUAACUGAUCAAUUAUUAGCGCUUAAAGCUAUGCAUGCUUCAACCUCUGCCCCUACGUCUCCUUCAGCACAGAGUAUCAAGAAUACAAAUUAUAUUUCUGAACAAUCGGUCGACUCGUUAUCCAAACGAUUAUCGCCCCAAAGAAUUGGACAUAAUAUUCCACAUCGUUUCGAUGUCAGUUUACCUAUGAGGGCUGGGAAAUGCUCCGCGUGUUUAGAUCCUAUUCAGUUCGGUAAACGUGCGGCUAUUUGCAGUGAAUGCGCAGUAAUGACGCACUUAAAAUGUGCUGUUACUGUUCCCGCCACUUGCGGUUUGCCGGGCGGUUUCGCUAAACAAUUCGGCAAAAGUUGGAGGAAUAGCAAUGACAGCUUGUCAUCUUUAUCUGGAAGUGUUCAAACGUUAAAUAUAGAUCAACCGGAUAAACCUGAUACGGAUAUAUGCAACGCACAAGAUAAAGGUAAUAAUGUAUCAAUGGAAAGUUGGGUCAAAGUUCCAGAGCGGUCAAAAAGCUGUUGGGAAAGAAAGUACCUUAGAUUAGAAGGAUCAUGUUUAUGUACUUACGAGCACCAACCAUCUUCUGGGAUGGCACCCAUAAAUCGUUUAGAUUUGGUCGAAAAAGAUGGAUUUAAUGUACUAGAAAACGUACAUCAACCCGAUGUACAAGGAACAGCAAAGUCGGAUAUACCAUUUAUCUUUAGGAUAGAAUCUAAUUCUUCCACGACCUGUUGGCCUACAUCGCGUUUAGAUGUAAUGACUUUAAGUCAGACGGAUAAGAAAAAUUGGUUGAAAGCUUUGAAGUCUAUUACUAGUCAAAAUUAUUCGAGUAACGCUUAUAAAAGUAAAAAAUAUGAAAUUGUAUUAAGACUAGAAAAGAAUCAGUUGGAUUUGAAUUGUGCUGUACAUCUACCCGAAGAUAAUGUGUUGUUAUUAGGCGCCGAAGAAGGACUCUUUUCAUAUUGCGGUGCUAAAUCACGAAUGCUUACAGCGAUUCGUGGAGUAAAGAGGGUUCACCAAUUAACGUUGCAUCCUCAUUUGGGAAUAGCUUUAAUGAUAGCCGGCGAAAAUAGGCAAUUGGUAUCUUGUAAUCUGAGACAAUUGAAGAGUAACGCAGUAGCUGCUGAGUGUUCGAGGCCAGCAAUUAAUACAAACCCAGUUUUAACUGGCACUGAUAGUUGUCAUUUAUAUCAGUUACAAAGAGAUAUGCUUUGCGCCGCUACAGCAACUCACGUCAUAUUACUUAAAUGGUACACCGAGGAAGAAGGAGGAGAAUUUGUUGGUGUACGCGAACUUGAAACAUCUGAGCCAUGCAGCUGUGCCAUAUUUACUCAAAAUGUUCUGGUAGUAGGAUGCAACAAGUUCUUCCAAAUCGAUCUGAGAAGCUAUUGUGUCGAUGAGUUUCCAGAAGCAGAUGAUAGUUCAGUUAAAGCUGCGCUAUCAGGAGUAGCUAAAUUAGGUAUCUUUCCCGUGUGUGUUUUGAACGUUUCUCUUGUACCUGGAAAAAUAGAGCUUUUACUUUGUUAUAACGAGUUUGGAAUGUUUGUGAAUGAAACCGGUCAAAGAACUCGAUGCAUCGAUCCAAUGUGGAACCAUUUACCUUUUGCUUUUGCAUUUCGUAAACCAUACUUGUUUAUUAUUCACUUUUCAUCCGUGGAAAUUGUAAAACUCGAUCAAGAUGCAUACACCUCACCGACAAAAAAUCCAGAACGAGUUUUAAUCGAAUUAUCUAGUCCUCGUUAUUUAGGAAUGUCUGAAUCAAAAGGAAUUUACAUAGCAACCAUUAAUUCUUUCUUAGAAUUGCUACAAAUAGAAGGUCCUUCUAAUAUACCAGACAGCAAUGGCAGUCUUACGAGUUUAGAAACCUUGAUACAAGAUGACGAAAGCAGUUCAGAGUUCAGUUUUACAUCAAGCUUAAUGGAAGAUUUAGACGGACAAGGGAAGAGAGUACAUUUCGCUGGUGUUACUAAGUACUGAUAAACGUUGAUAUUAAACAUAAAUAUCCUGUUCGUCGUUCGUUCUACUGUAGAGGAAUUACAAAAGAACUCGAGAUCAAGACUGCAAACACGUAGUAACCAUUAAGGAAAGUAAAGUCGUAAAAAGUAAGCCGUAACAAGCACGUUACAAAUUACAUGUUACUUAACCAUUUCGUACUUUUAAUUUAAUUUGUACAUUCUUGCCAAUACGUAAUGUCAACGUCAAUGCAUAAUUGAUGGAAUGUACCGAAUGUUUUUGAUUGUACAAAAUCUUUUUUUGCGCACCGAUUAACAUUUAAUUUUAUUUUGCAUUUUCCUUUUGUAAAACGACCAUACAUACAUGAUGGGAUCUCAAAUGUUUGAUAUAACAAAAGAUUUAUAUAGUACUAUUUAGUAUUAGUCAACCAAAUUUGAUAUAUUUAUACAUUUCGAAAAAAUAAUUGUUUUUAUUUUUUGUAAGUUUUGAACUUUCUCAACGAUAAUAGUCUACAUUUUUAUAGAACAUAAAGUUGAUACUUGGUACUUGAUAAAUACAUAUAGAUUUAAGUAAUAUGUUGAUUAAUAUAAUAAUACUAUUAUUGAAAAGAUACGAUUAAUAUGACAAUAAUAUAUUCAUACGUAUAUUUUUUUUUCUUUUUAAUCUUUUAAGUUAAAGACAUUUUUGUAAUAUCGUAAUUUAAUUGAAAACUCUAUUCUUGAUAGGAAUAAAGACUUAUAGAAGAUACAUAUAUUUUAUAAUACUAAAAAUAUACCUUGUUAUGUAAAUUACUUGGGUAGGGUUACUACCAUCCCUGCCAUCCUUUAUUGAUUAUGCGUGGUAAUGAACAAAUGAAUGAAAUUUUUUCCUUUCUAUUUACGUAGAUGAACAAAGAAAACUAAUGCAAAUAAAAAAAGAUUUGUAAUUGCAUUUUUUCUGCAUAAAAGUAACAGUACCUAUGAUUUAAUAGCCUAUCAAUAACAUUAUAGAACAAUAAAUUUGUACGAGUGUCAAAACGCUAAUGCAGUUCAGAGUACUAACGAGGCAUAUAUUUAUGUAGAGUAAUGCGAUAUCCGGCGAACCCUUGACAUUUGAUUUCAUCGAACUAACGAAUAUUCAUUAGGGGCAUUGAAUACGAUUCGAUAAACACUCAUUGACAGGCAGUGAUUAGUAUUCAAAAUACCAUUCUGAUACUAUUUUAAAAGUUUGGUGUCAUUUAGCAUAUAUCUAUGAAUCGGAUUUUGUAAUAAUGGAUGAUUCCGCUACCGGACUUCCUGCUUCGAUAUGUUCAAACACAUUUUGAAAAAUUUUUAAUUAUCCAUUCAUUUGAAGAUGCGUUUCAAAUGAUUUUUAUUGCGUUUGAAUUACAAAUAAUUUUUGAAUUAUUAAUGACCAUUGGUGUAACAAUGUGUUUGCGUAAUGAAUAAGAACAAUAGUUGAACAGUUUCAUUGAAACUAUUCGAGUAAUAAUAACUGCAAAAAUUAAAAUCUUUAAUACUAACGAGGUAAAAAUUAUUU